UCUCCGCCCUCCAGUGUUUCAGCUCCCAUGAGGGCGGCUCUUUAAAUUGCCCCAAAACUGCUCCUGGCUGCCGCCUUUUUCCCCUUAUCUGCAGGAGACAAGACGCACACGUGCUAUUUUUAGGACGUCGUAGGAACAAACUUCUCAAUCUGCUGGUCUGAAAAAAGCUAAGCGAACAUGAGCGACAAGGGGACAGUCUCACCGAAAGAGAAGGAGGCAACAGAGAAGAGGGGGCGUGGGAGACCCCGCAAGCAGCCCCAGGUAAAUACCUCUGACGAACCAAGUGGGUCCCCUACUCCAAAGAGGCCCAGAGGACGGCCGAAGGGCAGCAAAAACAAAACGACCGGCAAGGGCAAAAAGGCGACAGCAGCCCCAUCUGCAGGGGGGAAACGCAGGGGAAGACCUAAGAAGGAGGAGAAAGAAGAGAAGGCGUCCCAGGAAUCAUCUGAGGAGGAGGAAGAAGAAGAGGACCAGUAAUUCACAACGCAUGCUACCUCACUCAACAUACUGACUUACUGUUAACCAGAACUGGGCUGUAUCUCCAACACCAGUGCCACCACAUGACCACUGUUCACGAUAAAAAGCCCUCUUUGCCAAAAGGAGGGUUAACACAGUACAAAUAUCAUGCAACAGCACUGGAUAGACCGAUGGACCUUGCUCAAGCAUAGAUCUAAGAAUUACAUGAAAGGUAACAGCCCUUUUCUCUACAUGUCAUGGUAUCACAAGUCUCUUAUACUGGACAAGUGUGCUCUAAGGAGCCUGGACGUUUCCCCCCUAAAGAUGGUUUGUAGGACAUUUUCUCUGCUUAAUGUUACUUAUUUGUUGUACCCGCAUCUGAGAUGGUAGGGCAUAUAGAUUUGUCUCCAUGUUUUGUACUGGACAAAGGUGAAUUUUACCUAUACUUGCUGUUUUUGUUUUUUGUUCGUGUGAAGUGGUUAACCUAUCCUUUGCAUCGUAUUAUAGAUGGAGUUGAGCUUCAGCGUUUAGGAUGAGAAUAGGUAACUGAUGGUAGAAGGGUUUUUUUUGUUUUGUUUCCCCAUUUCUAACCUGCGUAACUGAUUUCGCCCCCCUUUCUCACAAGUAGAGCAGAGUCAUCUAUACCCCCUCCUGUAGGACAGUUUAGAUUUAGUUAUGCUUCUCAGACUUCCUUCGCAGUCCUCGGUGUGUAGUGGGGAGAUAUAAAGUAUAUCAUUAGUAAUCAGAAUAGUCUGAUCAGACUUACUGUUUUGUUCCUUCGGGUUACAUACCAUUUCAAGAAAACAUGAGUGUGCUGCUUUUCAUGUCAUAAUAAAACUCAAAUCUCUUUGGUAUAAUGUGUGUGUUUAAGGAUAGGGUUGGCAAGAGUUCUAGGCCGAGAGCAUCAGUGUCGUUUCUUCAGGGAGCUUUUACAAAUGCCGUUACAUUGGCGUCUUUGUCUUCACAUGGUCCUCAGUUUCCAAGCGCUCACUCAAUCACUCGUAAGGCAAAUUGCAAUUGGUCAAACAAGGAGUUUGAUUGUAACAGAGGAUAGUCGGUGGCACUACUAUCCAACAGGGCUGUGCGUUUUUCAUUCCAUCUAGCUCUCACUGCUUCACCUAGCUUGGUCCUUCUGUCAUCACUUAGUACGGUAAUAUACUUUUAGUCUUUUUGAAGAUGUGUGUUGUAUGUUGUCUGCUACAGGAAAAAAAAAUGUUUGUGUAUUUCUAAGUGUCAGGGAACCCGCAGUCACAGUCCACCUAACUGGGUUUUUCCACACACCUAAGCUGCUACAACCUCAGUUACGAAACCCGGAAAACUGCAAACAGGCGAUACAGGGCCUGGAAUUUCAUACCUCACUCAACAGCUUACUUUACCAUAUAAUUGCAUUUAACUGGUUAUCUGUCAGUUUUUUGUUUUUUUUUUUUGUUUUGUUUUUUUUUAUGUAACCUCUGGCAUGAGUUGGAAAGAUGUCGUUAUUACAAAGUUUGUUUUUUUUUUUCAUUUUUAAACCUGACUGUAAUGAGGUAUCUUACGAUAUCAAGUUUGUGAGUGUGUGUGUGUGUGUGUGUGUGUGUGUGUGUGUGUGUGAGUGUGUGCAUACGCAGCACGUCUUGGCUCGUUCAUAACCGGAUCUUGCAGACAGGUUGUUUUAAAUGUGUGAAGCAAGUCAGGGAGACCUGUCAGCUUGACAACUGUGUUCGCUGACUGUGGUAGAUUAGCAAGUGUUUUUAUCCUUUUAAAAAUUCUUCUGGUGCACUGAAAUAUUGGUUCAGAUUUUCAUGGACAAAUGUUUGUGAUGGACUGGGCGCUCUUUCCACUUAACUGUUCUGUUGGCCAUCGUGUGUUUGGCACUACCGCACACAGCCACCCUCACCAUACAAUGGUCAUACAACGGUCAUUUCAUGUCUUUUUUUUUUUUUUUUUUUUCCUUUUCUCAACAUCCUCCAACUACCCUUGACAACAUCAGUGUCAUACCAACAUCUUGCAUCCGUUCAUUUAUAUACUGUAAACUCAACAGGAUGGGAUCAUUCUUUUUAAUGUACACCGUAUAUAAAUGUACAAUGUCUAUAUUUCUAUGGUGCCCUACAACAAUUUGUAUCAGAAAUGGUCAAUAAAGAGAAUUUUCUUUGUCA